GGGUGCGGAUCCACGCCGCCUCCCCCCAGCUCAACGCCUCCGAUGACCGGGGUAUCGACAUUGUCCGAGGGCCCAUCCUGAGCUUCGCCAGCACCAGGACCAUCUUCAAGAAAGGCUUCAAGCUCGUCAUCCUGGACGAAGCCGACGCCAUGACCCAGGACGCCCAGAACGCCCUGAGGCGAGUGAUCGAGAAGUUCACGGAAAACACCCGCUUUUGCCUCAUCUGCAACUACCUCUCCAAGAUCAUCCCUGCCCUGCAGUCCCGCUGCACACGCUUCCGCUUCGGGCCCCUCACGCCGGAGCUGAUGGUGCCCCGGCUGCGGCACGUCAUCCAGGAGGAGGGGGUGGAUGUGACCGAGGACGGGAUGAAGUCUCUGGUGACCCUCUCGAGCGGUGACAUGCGCAGAGCCCUCAAUAUCUUGCAGAGCACGGCCAUGGCCUUCGGGAAGGUGACGGAGGAGAACGUCUACACCUGCACAGGGCACCCCCUCAAGUCUGACAUUGCCAACAUCCUCGACUGGAUGCUGAACCAGGACUUUUCCACCGCCUACCGCAGUAUCCUUUUCCCUCCACUGGCACUGGGCAUCAUUACACUGAAAAAGCCCUCCGCCCUCACGGACUCGGCCCCAGAACGAGGGGAGCAGCGAUCCUCCCGCCCCGCGGCUCACGAAUCAGCGAGACGUCGUCGCCGCCGUGGUGCCUCCGAGCCAGGCUGA